UUUAAUCAAGCUAAGAACGUGAAGGAAACUACUAGAAAAUGAAGAAUUGUUUAGCAAUGCAGAUGAGAAGUGGAAUGUUAAUAGCCUUGUGGCUAUGCAUUUCGUUGAAUAAAGGACUGGCCCUACUGGAGCACGAAGGCGAGAUCAUCAACCGAUGCAUCCAAAACUAUGGCGGACUUACUGCGGAAAACGCCGAGCGUCUAGAACGAUUCAAGGAAUGGUCGGAUAGCUUCGAGGAAAUCCCCUGCUUCACGCAGUGUUAUUUGUCUGGGAUGUUCGACUUUUACAAUAACAUAACAGGGUUCGAUAAAGCCCGAAUUGUGGCAGUCUUUGGAAGCCCCGUCUACGAAGCCUGCCGAAGGAAAUUAGAACUGCCUCCCGAAUUAGUCGUGAGCAGCUGCAAACAUGCCUACGAGGGCUUCCACUGCAUCACAAACAUGGAAAACCACCCGUUCACGAUUAUCGACAACAUGCCAAAUAUCUCGCAGUCGGCGAAGAACUCAAUGAAGGACUGCCUGCAGGAUGUCCACCAGGACGAGUGGAAGAGCUUCGCAGUCUUCGCCGCCUAUCCUGUCAAUGAACCGAUUCCGUGCUUCACCCGGUGCUUUGUGGACAAGUUGCAUAUCUUCGAGGAGAAAACGCGACUGUGGAAACUGGAGGCCAUGAAACAAAAUCUGGGCAUUCCGGCCGAAGGAGCUCGCAUAAGGAGCUGCCAUCGGCAGCGUGGCAAAGAUCGAUGUGCCACAUAUUACAAGCAGUUCACCUGCUACGCGAUGGCCGUCUAGGCAACUAGGCAACAUUCCAAAAGCAACUAUCAUUAUGAAGAAAAAUGUAAAGCUAAUUAAAUAUUAAUUCAAUGGUA